AUGGACACCAAAGACUUUGAUGUGAUCCGCAUUGCGAGGAGCGAUGGAGUCGAUACCGGACCGGGGUAUUGGCCAGUGACAACGGCGACACCAGCAGCCACCACUGCCGCCAAGAAAUCGGGCAAGGAGGCCACUGUCGCAGACAAGACUCCGCGAACAAAGCCUCAGAUGAUGAGGCUUGCUGAAGACGACCCGAGAUUUGUGGAGUGGCGGAUCAAGUUGGGCAUUCUAUUGAAGCAGGAGCUUUCACCCAACCCAGAUGAAGGAAAUCCGUGGUAUGUGCAAUUUCCACGAGGUUACUGGCUAUAUGAAAAAUCCAAGCACCUCUGGGUGUCUGGAUACCCCACCAAAUCAAAGCUAUUCAAGAGUCCUCAGGAAUUCGGCGUCCACUUGAUAUGGCUGCUGUCAGCAUCCAAGGACUACGGCGACUGCUGCUGUGUUCACUGCAAUAUGCCCAACCUCGCAAAGCCUCCACUGGUUUCCGAAGAGGCGGCAGUGGCACAGCCUGCUGCUCAAAGCUCAAGUCAACCCUCCAUCCCAGCCCCUGUUCAUGUUCAGGCUCAGGCUCAGGUGCCAAUUCAACCUCCUAUCCAAGCCCUGGGAGAAACCCCAGCGAAGCUCGAGAGACCUGUCAAAGUAACGCCGGUUCCUUUGCCUCCAAUCCCGGGCCAACCAUCUCACAAGCCGCCCAAUAUUAGUCCUCAUCCACAGGCGGCGCAGCAACCACAGCAGCCUCAACAACUGUCACAGCAACCGCUACAAGCGAAGCCUAUCCAGCAGACUCCUGUACCGCUACCCACACCGAUUCAGCCACGCGACUCGCGCGAGCCGUCCCAGCCCACACAAUCUGCUCAAUCCCCUCAGCUUAUACAGCCAAACCCCUCCCAGCCACUCCCUACAGCUGUUCCCAAUCUUUCAGCCCCGAUGCCUGCUGCUGCGCCGGCUGCAGUGCCUACACCGCUUCAGCAGCAAGCACUCCAGCAGCCAAAACCUCAGGCUAUCCAAUGGUCGCUUAAGGGGCCAUUGCUCUUCCGAGCUGGAGAACUCGUAUGGUAUCAGACAGGUAAUACCUGGCGGCUUGGGAUUAUUUCGACCCCUGGCAACAUGACCCCCAGCGGCAUGACGUUCGAGUUAUUACCCAUUGGUCAUGCCGUGGUGCCUCAACCAAAUGUGACAAAAGCUGAGGCCGACCUGCGGCCAUUCCACUGCUACAGCGUCCCUUCCGUUGACAUUGCGGAACUCAAGGACAAGGUGUUUGAUGACGUGCCUUGGGAAAGCCUGUUUCAGGCUGCCGGGAACAAUGCUGUUCGACGAGAUCUUAUUAACCUUGAUGCUUCCAAGAUGGCGGCCUCAAAAGUUGACUUCUCUCACUCGCUUUGGACCCGUCGCGGUGAUGACCCCACCGGAAAAGCCGUGUCCUAUUACGGCUGCUUCUUCGGUGCUGAGCGCCUCGAGAUCGGCGAUGCCGUACGGGUGAAAAUGGCAGGGGCCGAGGCGAACUCCAGCCCGACAACCGUGAUGGGCUUGCUACACAUCUUUACUAGCGCCGACUAUCCUGGCUCUGUUUUCUUCCGCGGACCAAUCUAUCAGUUGUCAAAGGGCCCCAGCGCUGCGGGCAACGUCAUCGACGAUGAAAAGGAUAAGCUGCCCCUCGCGCUGCAGGAGGAAAUUCGGUGGCGGACGCAAGUUACGCGAAGCAAGCAGUGGUGCUGGAUUCUCAUCAAGGAUAAUGUUGUGUUCAAGGAGCAGUCUAUACGUGGGCGCUUUUACCCUACGCACCGGCUCAUGCCCAUUUACAAUAUGAAUGACUUCAGGGGCCUGGUCGCGGGGCAACCGUUGAGAGAUCAGCAUAUAUACUUGAAUAACCGGAUGGAUGGAGGAGCGGGGAGACAUAUUGGGCGGAAGGCGAAUCGAAUUGAUACGCUGGGGCCUUGUGUGCCGCAUACGGCGAGGCUGGUGCUUGAGCCACACAUCAUAGAGGAGUAG